CCCGAAGUUUCCCACAAACUCCCACGAAGUUGCUCCUGGCAGGAGGGCGCGUAAGGCAGCAGCCGCCGCCGCCGGAGAGAGGCGGAUCGUUUUCUGUGGAGCCGAAAGCCGGAGACAUGGCCCGCGGGUGGGCACAAGCGCCCUUCUACUUCGCCCUGCUGCUGCUGCCCGGCGCCCUGCCCCGCUGCCGGGCCGAGGAAGUCGUGCUGCUGGAUUUUGCCAAGGCCCAGGGCGAGCUCGGUUGGCUGAAUGAGCCCUAUGGGAAGGGGUGGGAUCUUCUCCAGAACGUCAUGAACGAAUCCCUCAUCUACAUGUACUCGGUCUGCAACGUGAUGGAAAGCGACCAGGACAACUGGCUGCGAACGAACUGGAUCUACCGCAGCGAAGCCCAGCGCAUCUUCAUCGAGUUGAAGUUCACCGUGCGUGACUGCAACAGCUUCCCAGGAGGGGCCAGCUCCUGCAAGGAGACCUUUAACUUGUACUACGCCGAGUCAGACGUGGACUACGGCACCAACUUCCAGAAGCGCCAGUUCAGGAAGAUUGACACCAUUGCGCCCGACGAGAUCACCGUGCGCGAUGACUUCGCCACCCGCAACGUCAAGCUCAACGUGGAGGUGCGGUCGGUGGGGCCACUGACCCGCAAGGGUUUCUACCUGGCCUUCCAGGACAUUGGGGCCUGCGUGGCCCUGCUCUCCGUCCGCAUCUACUACAAGAAGUGCCCCAGCGUACUGCAGCAUAUGGCACUCUUCCCCGAGACCAUCGCCGGGGCUGACUCGCAGGCGCUGGCCAAGGUCCAGGGCACCUGUGUGGAGGAUGCGGUGGCCAGCGAGGAGCCCAGCAUGCACUGCAACUCGGAUGGGGAGUGGCUGGUGCCCAUCGGACAGUGCCUGUGCCGGGCGGGCUACGAGAAGGCGGAGGAGAUCUGCAAAGCCUGCCCUGCUGGGUUCUUCAAGCCAGACGUCUCCGGUGAUACCUGUGCCAAGUGUCCCUCCCACACGCUCUCCUCUCCUGAAGGCUCCACGUCGUGCCAAUGUGAGGAAGGCUAUUUCCGGGCCCCAGAGGAUCCAGUGUCUUUUCCCUGCACCCGUCCCCCUUCUGCCCCCCACAACGUCAAGGCCAUUGGCUUGGGAGCCAAGGUGCAGCUGCGCUGGUCACCGCCCCAUGACACGGGUGGUCGUAAGGACAUCACCUACAGCAUCACAUGUGAGCAGUGCUGGCCGGAGUCAGGGGAGUGUCGGCCCUGUGACAGUAGCAUCCGCUAUUCAGACCAGCCCCAGGGGCUGACCAGGACGUCUCUGACCAUCAGUGAACUGGAGCCACACGUUAACUACACCUUCACCGUAGAGGCUAGGAACGGCGUGUCGUCUUUCAGCCCCAGCCACAGCUAUGGCACUGUGAGCAUCAGUGUCAACCAGACAGAGCCUCCCCGGGUGACAUCAGUGAAUUUGGACAGCCAGACUGAAACCAGCCUGAGCAUCUCCUGGACCGUCCAGCCCCGGCAGCAGAGCCGUGUUUGGAAGUAUGAGGUCACCUACAGCAAGAAGAUGGAUGAGAACAGCUAUUCGGUCCUGCGCUGUGAAGGGAACUCGGUCACCCUCCCCAAGCUCACACCGGGCACCAAGUACUUGGUGCGGGUCCAGGCCCUGACACAAGAAGGCCAGGGGGCCUACAGCAUGGACUAUGAAUUUGAGACACGUGCUGAGGGCUCCGAUGGUAUGAACACGGCAGCAGCAGUCGGGGGCUCUGUCACUGGGAUCCUUUUGAUCCUGGGCUUGGUAGCUGUGGGCCUCUACCUUCACCGAAGGAGGAGGCGCUCUCGGGCCCGCCAGUCAUCUGAGGAUGUUUACUUCUCUAAGUCUGAGCAGCUGAAGCCCCUGAAGACGUACGUGGACCCUCACACCUAUGAAGACCCCAACCAGGCAGUGCUGAAAUUUACAACCGAGAUUCACCCCUCGUGCAUCAGCCGGCAGAAGGUGAUUGGUGCAGGUAGGUCGCUCCCUCUUCUCGCUGGGUCACUGAGGCAUGGGAAGAAGGACGUCCCAGUGGCAAUCAAGACUUUGAAGGUUGGCUACACGGAGAAGCAGCGCAUCGACUUCCUGAGCGAGGCCAGUAUCAUGGGCCAGUUCUGCCACCACAACAUCAUCCGGCUGGAGGGCGUCGUCUCCAAGUACAAACCUUUCAUGAUCAUCACUGAGUACAUGGAGAAUGGAGCCCUGGACAAGUUCCUGCGGGAGAAGGACGGUGAGUUCUGUGUGAUCCAGCUGGCGGGCAUGCUGCGGGGCAUCGCGGCGGGAAUGAAGUACCUGGCCGACAUGAACUACGUGCACCGGGACCUGGCCGCCCGCAACAUCCUCGUCAACAGCCAGUUGGUCUGCAAGGUGUCCGACUUCGGCCUGUCCCGUGUGCUGGAGGACGACCCCGAGGCCACGUACACUACCAGUGGUGGCAAGAUCCCCAUCCGCUGGACGGCCCCAGAAGCCAUCUCCUACCGGAAGUUCACCUCGGCCAGCGAUGUGUGGAGCUACGGCAUCGUCAUGUGGGAAGUGAUGUCCUAUGGCGAGCGGCCCUACUGGGAGCUCUCCAAUCACGAGGUCAUGAAAGCUAUUAACGAAGGCUUCCGGCUGCCUGCUCCCAUGGAGUGCCCCUCUGCCAUCUACCAGCUGAUGAUGCAAUGCUGGCAGCAGGAGAGAAGCCGCCGGCCCAAGUUCAACGACAUCGUUAGCAUCCUCGACAAGCUCAUCCGGGCCCCCGAGUCACUGAAGACGCUGGCUGACUUCGACCCCCGGGUGUCUAUCCGCCUGCCCAGCACCAGCGGCUCAGAGGGCCUCCCCUUCAGGACUGUGUCCGAGUGGCUGGAGUCCAUCAAGAUGAACCAGUACACGGAGAACUUCCUGUCGUGCGGCUACAACGCCAUUGAGAAGGUGGUGCAGAUGAGCAACGACGACAUUAAGAGAAUCGGGGUGCGCUUGCCGGGUCACCAGAAACGCAUCGCCUACAGCCUGCUGGGGCUGAAGGAGCAGGUGAGCACCGUUGGCAUCCCCAUCUGAGCUGGCGCUGGCCUGGAGCCGACCUCGCCCCCUGCGGGGAGACGGAAUCGCGGCAGGAGAGAGAGGGACACUCGGUGGCCGUGCAAACCGGGAGAUACUUGAAGUGGAGAAUUGAAGUGCGCUUGGCAUUGCCCCCUUGCCGUGAGCCGCUGAGGACACUGGCCAGCAGCCCCGGGCAGACUGAAUGGCAGUGCCCAGAGCGGAGUCGGCCAGUCGCUCCUGCCACCCUGCACCCACCAUUACACCUCCAGGGCAUGCGCUGUAUUUAUUGCUGCGAUUAUUAUGAUUAUUCUUGCAUGCCUGGAAACUGCAGCUGCUGCUGUGCAGUGUUAACUGACUCCAGGAAGAGGUGCUAGACCACAGCCCCUUUUGGGGAAACCCCUGGUUCUCUUUGGCCAGGGCACCAGCCGCCACCCUUGGAAAGUGCCCCCCAGCGCUCCAGCUGCGCAGCCUCACACCUGGCAGGUUCCUAGCUGGGCCGAGCAAAUGCCUUCCUCCACCUGCUGCCUGGCCAAAGCACAGGGAACUCUGUGUGCUAGUUCAUUCCCUCCUCCGCUGACCCUCUCCUGACUGACAGGAGUGUGUGGAUUUUCCUGAAUGGCCUCCGUUCCUUUCCAAGCCCCCUUCGAGGCAGAGGCUGGGCUGAGACUUUGCUGUGACAAAGCGACAUUGAUUCUUCCUUUGCUCUUUAUAAGAGGAUGAAGAUUUAUGGUAAAUAAAAUGACGCCAUUUAAGCUUCUAAACAACCGAGCUUCCAGCUGUGGGGCAGAGACGCUGCUCCAGGACGGGUGUUCGCUUUUUAACCAACUGGCUGAAUCAGGGACCUUUCUCUAAGUUGUUUUUGCUUCGAUUGGUGCCGCGAGAAACGGGCAGAUGCCAGUGCCUGAAAUGUGACAUUCCCCUGGUAGCGAGUGAAGUGGCUUUGCAGAUAAUGGUUGAGAGCUGUGCCUCAAGGUCAUGGAAUCGUUUUCCUCCUCUAUUUAUUCUUCCACUCCACUCCCCACCCUCUGCUCCUUUGCGUCUCACAAGACGCCCUUUGCUAGUCUGUCAGUGUUGAACUUUUUUUAAUGUAAUUUAUUAUAUUUUUUUAUAUUUAUUGAUGGAAAUCAAAGGCCUUUUGUGUUUUCUCAAAAUUGCUGUUCAGAUUAAAACCGCGGCCCGUCCAACGGAAUUAAGUUUACUCGUGGUUUCCAGGAAAAUUUGUUCUGUGAUUUAAAUAAAAUGUGUGGGUUUUUUUUUUUUAAACA